GAGGAGGAAAACGAGAUUCAGUCUCAUGGAAAGGCAUUGAUCGGCGGUCCGUUCAAGCUGACUGACACCAACGGCGAGACCUUCACCGAAGAAAACCUCAAAGGCAAAUUCUCGCUGAUCUACUUCGGCUUCACCCUCUGCCCCGACGUCUGCCCCGAAGAACUCGACAAGAUGGCAAUCAUAAUCAAAGAACUAGGUCUUCUCGGCAUCCCCGUCCAGCCUAUCUUCAUCACCUGCGACCCGCUGCGCGACUCUCCCGCCGUCGUCAAACGGUACCUCGAGGAAUUCGAGAUCCCGGGGAUCGUGGGACUGACGGGCACCCAUGAGGAAACCGAGGCCGUUUGUAAGGCGUACCGAGUGUAUUUCUCCACGCCGCCGGAGAUUAAACCGGGCGAGGAUUAUAUUGUUGAUCACUCGAUUUUCUUUUACCUGAUGGAUCCCGAGGGUCAAUUCGUGAACGUCUACGGUCGCCGCUACGACGCGACUGAAGCCACCCGUGAAAUCGCAAAGAAAAUCCUGAAAUGGCGUCCGGCUGCCGAGCGCUUGCCGGAGGGAUUUGUCAAGCCUAGUAUAUGGAAGUUCUGGGAGUGAUUGAUCUCACUCACUCUUCCGAGCUCCUCAAGUGUAAAUAGAGGCGGUUCAUGUUCUCGUCAGCUAAUGAUGAUGAGGAAAAUGUAUUUAAAAAUCUCCAGUUUCGAUGAUUAUUUAAUUAAUGAAGCAGUUCUCAAAGAACAAUCUUUUCUUCUUUACUCGUCAUAUUCCGUCUCAUCAAAUGCUUUUUGUACGCCCACCAAAUCUCAAGUAAUUUUGAAAAUAAUCAUACAUAAAUCCUCCAGAACAAAACACAAAAACAUGUAACGUAAACACCCAAAUAAACAAUCAUGUGGAAGAACGAAGAGCAGCAA